GAGCAGCCGCAGAUGAUUGGGCGCCGCCGUAUUGGGACUCGGACGAGGAUGAGGUGGAAGAAGCGAAGCAGAAGCAGAAAGGGCCCAAGCCCAAGCAUCCGAAGCUGAAGCACGAAGAGCCCAAGCCCGAGCAGCCCAAGCUGAAGCACGAAGAGCCCAAAAAGCCCGAGCAGCCGAAGCUGAAGCACGAAGAGCCCAAAAAGCCCGAGCAGCCGAAGCUGAAGCACGAAGAGACCAAGCCCGAGCAGCCGAAGCUUUCGUCCGGCCCAGAAUAUGAAAGUGGUUGGGAUGCAGGGUCUGGGCGAGCCUGGAGGAAGGCACUUUCUAAAGGCCGGUCAGGUCCUGUGGAGUGGUCUAUGGAUCCAGAGGUGGACGAGAGCAGGGAUCCUUUGGAUCCUAUUGUAUGUGUCUUUGCUGAUGGGAUGGCAGUGGAAAUUCCUCACAUGACACAAGAAGAUCUGGCCGCCCGCAUGACGAAGUCGCAGAAGAAGCCGAAGGCAGCUGCACCUUCGGCAAGCAGCAAGGCAGGAAAGUCCGAGGAGAAACCAGCAGCCAGCAACAGUGGCAAAGCCGAGCAGGGAGAAGAUAGCGAGCGAGAAGCCCCAGAUCCCAGGAAGAAUGACAACCCACUCAUCGCGGAACUCAUGGCAGAUUCAAUCAUACCUGGGGAAGGGUUUGAGACCAAGGUUCAAUACAAGAAGCAGUCCAAGAGGAAUGCGAUU